GGCGGCACACGAAACAACAAAAUGACGUCGAAACGGCAGUUCGACGCAAAAACGUAUGAAUCGCUUUCGACCCAGGACACGAACCCGUUCACGGACAAACGUUCGCCAACAACGAUCGACGAGGAGGACACCCCGCAGGUGAUACACGUCGUGCCGGAGACUAGCAAAGCACGAUGGAAUCACAUCGAGGAUUUGGACUCCUUCUUCGCCCGGGUGUACGUAUACCACCAAAAGCACGGCUUCUACGUGAUGAUGCUGCAGAAGCUGUUCGAGCUGUUCCAGUUCGUGUUUGUCGUGGUGCUGAUCACGUACAUGUUCAACUGCAUCAACUACGAAAUACUGUUUCGUGAUAAAAUCAUUGCGAACGAAACGAAAGUCUCGCUGGGUGAUGCCAUGCUCGGUGUGUCGGAAUGUGCGGCCAAACUCGGGAUCUUCCAGUGGCUGGCGCUGGUGCUGGCCGGACUGUUCUGGACGUUUCGGCUGUUUAAAUUUUUCUACCAGUUCUUCCAGUUCUGGGAUAUUAAAAUGUUUUUCAACACGGCGCUAAAAAUCGAUGAUGCCGACCUGGACAAUCUUACGUGGCACGAGGUGCAGAAGUGCAUCCGGGAGGUGCAAUCCGAGAUACAGAUGAGUAUCAACAAGGAGCAACUGACUGAGCUAGAUAUUUAUCAUAGAAUAUUAAGGUUUAAAAAUUACAUGGUGGCCAUGAUGAACAAAUCGUUGCUACCGGCCACGAAGAAGCUGCCAUUACUAGGAAACGUUGUGCUACUGAGUCAAGCACUCCGCUACAAUAUAGGGUUACUCCUUUUUUGGGGACCAUGGUCACCGUUCGAGAACAACUGGCAUCUGCGGCCCGAAUAUAAACGGCCCAGCAUGCGGAACGAGCUGGCAGCGAAGCUGUCGAAGCAAAUCUUCUGGGUCGCGAUCGCAAAUCUCGUCCUUUCGCCCUUCAUUUUCCUCUGCCAGUUGAUGUACUUCUUUUUCAAUUACGCUGAUUUAAUCAAAAAAGAACCAGGCACACUGGGCGUACGAUGCUGGUCACAGUACGGCAAGCUGUACCUGCGGCACUUUAACGAACUUGACCAUGAGCUGGACGCACGACUGACCCGUGCCUACCGCCCAGCCGUCAAGUAUGUGAACUCCUUUUCGUCUCCUCUGCUCACCGUUAUUGCGAGGAACAUAGCGUUCGAUUGUGGCGGUGUCGCUUCCCUUAUCCUGCUGUUGGCGAUUUACGACGAGGACGUGUUUCAGGUGCAGCACGUACUAACGCUCUUCACCAUCCUCGGAAUGAUCAGCGUCGUUGCAAGAUCCCUCAUUCCCGAUGAGAACAUGGUUUGGUGUCCGGAGCAGCUACUGCGUAACGUGUUGGCCCAUGUGCACUAUUUGCCCGCGACGUGGCGUGGUCACGCGCACAGCUCGGCCGUACGCGAACAGUUUGAGCUGUUUUUCCAGCUUAAAAUUAUGUACAUUUUGAACGAAUUGUUCAGCCCACUGGUGGCGCCAUUUGUGUUGCUGUACGAUGUGCGCCCCAAAGCGCCCCAGUUGGUUGACUUCUUCCGCAACUUCACCGUCGACGUGAUCGGAGUCGGUGACGUAUGUUCCUUCGCCCAGAUGGACGUCCGGAAGCACGGCAACCCCGACUGGCAGAUACCGGUGGUGACCGAUGACCGUGACAGCGAAGGAGAAACACCACUCAUUUCACCGGCUGACAUGGGACCGGGUCCGUCGGUACCACCGCCCACCGCCGGGGCUAAGCCGUAUGAUCAGGGUGAACACGGCAAGACGGAGCUGUCGCUCGUCCACUUCACGCUGACCAAUCCAACGUGGCAGAUGCCACCCGAAGCGAAGCAGUUCGUUCAGGGCAUCAAGCGGCACGCGCUUCAGGAUCUGAACCGUCAGCGGGGCAUGCUGUUGGGCCUGCAAAACCCGACUGCCAUGGGCCAGAGUUUGCUGUCGAUGGAAAGCAUGGGUGCGGAGUAUUCGUCCAUCAUUCAACCGAUCCUCCAGACGCACAACCUAUCCAACUCGCAGGCCCUCGGUCUGUCGAUGCACCUCGGCGGAUUCGGGUCGCCGAUCCCACCGAUGCAUUCGAUCAUCCCCGGCGGUUACGGACAACAACAAACGGGACCAGCGCCUCCACCACCGACGCUACUGCACCAUGGCCCGGGUGUGCAGUCUUCGCACCACUAUCACUUCUCACCGCCGUCGUAUGACUUCGAGCGGAUGUUACAACAGAAUCUGCCCGACACCAGCACGGUGACCGGAGCAAUGCCAACGCGAAGUACCUUUUUGGCCGACAUAAACGAAACCGAAGAUGAACCGACCAGCGGGACCGCUCCGAUACAAUCAACCGGUCCCGGUGGACACUUUGAUGACGGUGGACCGAUUGGUGAUCCCGAAUGCAGCCGUUACGGUGCGCUCGGAGGGGAGGGGAUGACCUUUAGUACCCGUGGGGGUAUGACACGACGAGAAGGGCCGGCCGGUGGAUCGCGGAACGGACUGUUGUCCAGCCUUUAUGGUGAUGUCCCUGCGAACGUUACGGCACCGCACGAGUUCACCACGGCCGACAUGUGUCUUAGUACGCUUUACCUGCACGAAUUGCAUCACAAUCACUUGCGUCGCCAGGGCGGUGGUGGAAGUUUGCGACUGGACAUGGGCACCACUUCAUCGACCAUUUUCCCAUCACGCCCAUCCGCCGGGGGUCGUUUCGGCCCGGGCGGUUUCCGACCCUUCGGUUCGGUAGCCCAACCAUCACUAGUCAGUCAUCCGCUGCGUACCCUCGCUCCCGGUGUUCUCACCGGAACGAGCACUAGCACGGCCGGCCCAUCCUCCUCCUCGGCUGCCGGACCGUCAUCCGUUUCCACCGCCCCUGCCGCCGAAAGGACACCACUGCUCGGAGGCAAAAAGUCAUAGCACCGGGCCGAAUGGGUGUAACGGAUGUAACGUGCCGGGAGUGCCAAGUUAAUUUCCGAUUAGCUGUACAGCGUGGCAAAACAAGGGACCGAACGCUACUAUGGUUACGGCUCAUCUCUAGCUUAAGAUCAGGUUUUAUAAAACGCUUUUAUGAUUGCUGAUCGUUGUGAUUACGAAGCGCCACAAACGAUCGGGCGGACGGUGGGGCAAUACUCAAAACAACGAAUCACACGAGCACCGCGGAGCGUUUCAGCGAUAUCGUUGUGGGCACCUUUUGACUCAUUUCGUCCCGCACACAUUAGGCAGCUCGAUGUAAAUAGGAUAUGCUGGGGAACUGAAGAGAUAGCUUUCACCUUUUAUACAAUACAUUUAGUUUUUGUGUUAUGGCUCUUUCAAUAGGCAGCAAAUAGCGUUUUCUUGUAACCACAGUUUUCUGACCAUCAUGCCACGAUCAAAUACGGAGCAAAUUUUUGAACAUUGCAAAGCACCAGAAAGUUAAAGCGAGUCAGCUACACAGUAUAGGAGUAAGGAGUCAGAUUUCUUGAAUGGUUUAUGGGUUUUAAGCAUCCCUACGCUCUGUAAAAUAUGACAAACAAACGACCACAAAACCAAUGUACAUAGAGAGCAGAUCUCGUUAGGAGGACGAAUCGUGAACCGCAAUACUUAGAACGAAAUGAUAAACAAAUGGUACAAACAUCGGCAAAUGGUUCAGCCAGCAGUUAGCGGAACAGUUGCGGACGCUUGUACGGGUGAUGCUAUGAGUGUGAUGAGUGAAUGAUCUAAAAAGCUCGUUAAAUGUUUCCUUUCCCGCCGACCGGUGGGAAAACACGGAACGGAUUGUUUUGUCUAAAACAACAAGAUACACUACUACUGACUAGUGGAAUUACAUUUAGAAAUAAAAAACUAUU